CGCUACUAUUUUCAAAGGCCAAAGAGAAAAUUAGCCGAGUUAUCAAGAGUGUUAAUAAUUUAGAAAUCUUGUUAAAAUGUCACUGGAAUCGUAGAAACACCCUUAAAAACCCGUGUAACUUGAACUACAGCCUCUUGAAAACAGUGGAGGUGGGGCGCAAAACUAAGAAGGUGGUCCAUAGUUGUGUUCUUGGCUUGGUUGUUUUCUAGCAAGCCUUGCCUCUGUAUGCCCUCGAGGCUUGCCGAUGUUUUCAAUGAAACAAGUAAGGAAAUGUAAGAAAGGAAAGGAAAAUGUGGUAAGAAUACCAGCUCUGUGACAUGGAAGGGAAUCAAUGGACAGCACCUGUCUGGCCCAAGUGUGGCCCACGUAAGGAAGGCAGGAGGAGGGACCUUCACUACAGCUACCCAGAUUGGGGCAAUAUAGGGCCAGCCACUGCCACCCCCGCACAAUAUAAAGAUUUCCAGAUGCAGUCUUCCAGAACACCUUCAAGGUCAUGCUUUACCACAGUGAAGGAUGUUCAGAAGGAGUUUCCCUUAAGGACAACUUGUCAGUUUUCCUAUCCUCUCUUUCAUCCACAAAGGUCAUACUCACACAGUUGUGUUCAGCACCCGCUUGUUGGGAAUCGUCUUGAUGUAGUGGAGGUUGGUGAUCAGACUACAGUAGUACAUGUGGAUCUAACCAGUGAUAAACAGCAGGCAGUGGUAGCUUCCAGGUUGAGGCCUGGUAGGUAUUAUCAGAAGGAUGAAUCCAUAAGAGAUGAUCCAUUUUUUCACCUGGAAAAACGGGAUGAUAUUUUGUUUGACCAUGUGUACCAGGUCGUAUCAAAAUCACUUCAUAACGAUGUUCAUGUCCUUGUGAGAUGCCCCACCAUAGUGCAUCUGUUAGAUUUGGGACAGCCAGGAUUUUCAAGAGACAAAAUGAAAUCUUUUGAUUGUUCCUUAACAUCAGAUGCAGCUCUGAGUGGUGCUGUGCCUGGAUUGUGGUCAUUAGUCACUGCUUCUGGGGAAGUCACCCUUUGUGAAGCUGAAGCCAGGGAGCCACUCUGGAUGACACACUGCCAACAAAGUAAAAAUAGUAAGAAUGAAUCAGCAAGGAUAUUCAGUUGUGACUUUGGUAGACAUCCUCUUUACCUUUAUGUUAGGAAUGAAAGGCAAUUGUGGCUGUAUGAUACAAGGAAACCUCCUGAUGCCCAAAGACCUUUAUUUGACUUGAAGAAAGUUAAGGAUUAUGUUUCAGUUCAUGAGAACAUUUGUUCCUUUGCCCCAAGUAUUGACCAGCCACAUGUUUACAUAGUAAUGGAUGAGAGUGUGUAUGUUGUGGAUGACCGUCAGCCAAAGACUCCAGUUAUGCACUGGAGACACAUGUUACCAGAAAGACCUACAUUUUCAGCAUUAAAAAAAUUAGAAUCUCUUGAAAUCCUGAUGCUGUCAUGCACUCAGAACAAGGAAGUCUGUGUGAUUUGUAGUGAGUGGGAGUGUGGAAGGCAGCAGUGCUAUGGUGUUGGUGUGCCUCACCAUUUUCCAACCAUUCGUGACACAGCUGCUUUUGCUCACUCCCAUCGUCUGUGGUUCACCAAUCAGGUGCAGGAGAGGCUGGAAGAGAGUAUGUGGCUGGGCACGGCAUUCCUGUCCCAUCCAGCUGAAAAUGACAGCUUGUUGUUUAUUUCAUUGCAUAAUAGUGGGGACAUAUUUUCACAUCCAUUUCAGACUUUACAAACAAAAGGUAAUUCAGCUACAAGCAUUGAAACCAAGCAAGGUGAAGCUAUCCUUAGCACGUGGGAGAGAGAUGUUGUGGAGGUCAGUACCCACAAUUGGUCAUCUCAGAAUGUAAAGUAUUGUGAUGUGUCUGGUUUCUUCCAUCAAGUACUUAAUAAACCAUCUUGUGGAUAUGUUGAAAAAAUCUUAGAUGGUCUGCCAGAAAUAAAGCUUAACUAUUUGAAUGAUAAAACUAACACUAUGCAAAUUUUAGGUUCCUCCAAAACUUGCAAGAACAAACAGGUAUCCCCUAACACUAAAAAAAGUGAAAAUAACUGCCAUAAGAGAACUUAUAAAGUAGAAAUAUCUUCAGAUUGUAAUGACAAUGGUUUCCAUAAAAGGACCAGCAAUAUAUGGAAUUUGAAAGACCAGGUGCAAAAGUACAAAAGUAAUUGGUCAUCAAAGUCCAGUAGAGCAGGAGCUUGGAAUAAAUCCUUAAUGGAGGCCUAUGUCAUAGAUCCUAUUGCAGAUCCUUCAUGUGAUCUUCCUAUACACUCAAAUGACUCUGUCAUUGGGGACAGUCUUAAUAAAUUCCUUCCUAAAGACAUGAUUGCAGAUUUGAAGAUAAACAAAAUAAAAAGCUGUGAAGAUUUUUUAUCAUCCAAAAUAACAUCCUUGUGGCUAGGUGAAAAUAAUUCAAGUGUCAGUGAGGAGGAAGCUGGGAUAGAGCAACAUGAAACUUUUGAUAAGAGGCUUUCAAAUCUAAUAGGGAUUCCAACAGCAAUAAGAAGACAUGGAUUCCAGUAUCACACUGCUCCUGUUGAUCUCACUGAUGUGUCUGCCAGACUUAGCACAUUAUAUCAAGUGAGAAGUGAGCCAAGUCCUGAACCUUGUGAGACUUCUGGCUAUCCUUCAGCAGCCAUGCUAGAAUGUAGUCAAAGUGCAUCAUUGAAAUUUAAAGGUACUUCGAAAAAACAGAAAAAGAAGAAGAGAGUAGAUGGUUUUUAGAUAGUAGUGCACAAGCAAGACAAAGAAAGAUGGAUAAGUUUUCAGUUACGAUUAUGUCCUUUUACUUCUAUAUUAUUGACAAAGAAAAAAAUGUUUGAAAUGAAAAAAAAUGCUUUAGUCAUCAUGGAAGCCAGGAGAAGUAGAUUUUAUCUCAAAAGCAUACUUUAAACAAAUCAAAAUUUUUUACAACUGUAAAAGUGGAAAAAGCAGAUUUUAGAUUUUAACAUUGUUUUUGCCAGUACUAUAAAGGGUUACUGUUGAGAUUUAAGUGAUGGAAAUUAAGUUUGUUAUAACAAGGUAUAUCUAUCAUCAUUCAGCUUAGGUACAGAAAGAUUUGUGUCAAUGUGAACUUCCUCUGUGACAGGGAGGACAGAAGGCAGCUGCACACCAUGACAGAGUUGGAAGACUACUUCCACAGCAUAUUGUAAAAGUUACCUAAAAGGUAUUGAAUUAGGAGGCUUGGGACCAUCUCUGUAUUUUAAUAAUAUAAAAUAUUGUGUUGUCUUGUCUUACCUGCCACCUGUUGAUGAAAUCUCGGUGUGAUACUAAGAUUUAUGGAUGAACUUUUAACAUCACAGUUAAUGUGUUCUGUACUUUAGACUAUUUUUCUAAUUUUAUAUGUUUGUACAGUACAAAGGUAUAUAUUUAGUUUUGUAAAUUUAAAUAUACAUUAAAAAUAAAACAAA